AUGGUCAACCCUCCCCACGGCGGUGUUCUGAAGGACCUUCUCGUCCGCGAUGCUUCGAUUAGCUCCAAGCUCCGUGAGGAGUCCGAGACGCUCCCCGAGAUUAUCCUCAGCGAGCUCUGUGACCUGGAGCUGAUCAUUACCGGCGGUUUCUCGCCGCUCGAGGGGUUCAUGGGCAAGGCAGACUACGACAGCGUCCUUGAGAAGAUGCGCCUCGCCGACGGUGCGCUCUUCCCCAUCCCCAUCACGCUCGACGUGUCCAAGGAGCAGGUCGCCCAGCUCGGCCUGAAGGAGGGCACGCGUGUCACGCUGCGCGACCCCCGCGACGACAACGCGAUUGCCAUCCUCACCGUGUCGGACCUCUACGACAUUGACCGUACUCGCGAGGCGGAGCUCGUCUUUGGCGCCGACGACAAGGCGCACCCGGCUGUCGCCUACCUGCAAAACAACGUCAAGGACGUGCUGGUGGGUGGUUCGGUGCAGGCCAUUGCCAAGCCGCAGUACUACGACUACGUCGAGCUGCGCUUCACCCCCGCCGAGCUCCGCCACCACUUUGAGAAGGUGUCGUGGCGCAAGGUGGUCGCUUUCCAGACCCGUAACCCCAUGCACCGUGCCCACCGUGAGCUGACUGUGCGUGCCGCGCGUAAGCUCCAGGCCAACGUGCUGAUCCACCCCGUCGUGGGUAUGACCAAGCCGGGUGAUGUCGACCACUACACCCGUGUGCGUGUCUACUCGAGCCUCAUGCCCCGCUACCCCAACGGUAUGGCUACGCUCGCUCUCCUUCCCCUGGCCAUGCGCAUGGCCGGUCCCCGUGAGGCUCUGUGGCACGCGAUUAUCCGCAAGAACUUUGGUGUGUCGCACUUUAUCGUCGGUCGUGACCACGCCGGCCCCGGCAAGAACAGCCAGGGCAAGGACUUCUACGGCCCCUACGAUGCGCAGGACCUUGUGCGCCAGCACACGGACGAGCUCGGCAUCGAGAUGGUUCCGUUCCAGAUGAUGACCUAUCUGCCCGAUGCCGACGAGUACCAGCCCGUGGACGAGGUGGCCCCCGGCACGCGCACCCUCGACAUCUCGGGUACCGAACUACGCAAGCGCCUCAAGACCGGUGCGCCGAUCCCCGACUGGUUCUCGUACGAGAGCGUGGUCAAGACGCUGCGUGAGAGCUACCCCCCCAAGACCUCGCAGGGCUUCACCAUCCUCCUCAGCGGUCUUUACAACUCGGGCAAGGACCAGAUCGCCCGUGCGCUCCAGGUCAAGCUCUACGAGCAGGGUGGCCGCAGCGUGUCGCUCCUUCUCGGCGAGACUGUCCGCUCGGAGCUCUCUGCAGAGCUUGGCUUCACGCCGGAGGACCGUGACAAGAACAUCCAGCGCAUCGCCUUUGUCGCUGCCGAGCUUACGCGUGCCGGCGCCGCUGUGAUUGCGGCUCCUAUCGCGCCGUACAAGCGCUCGCGUGCUACUGCUCGCGACACCGUCACCAAGAACGGUGGUGCGGGCAACUUCUUCCUGGUGCACGUCGCUACGCCGCUCGAGCACUGUGAGCGCACGGACCGCCGCGGCAACUACGCCAAGGCGCGCCGUGGCGAGAUCAAGGGUUUCACUGGUGUCGACGACGUGUACGAGGAGCCUACCGACGCCGAUCUCACCGUGGAUGUCUCGCAGCAGAGCAUUGCCGAGAUCACCCACUCGAUCGUCCUGCUCCUGGAGGCGAAUGGUCUGAUUUAA